GAACGCCAACCAACCAGAGAUGUCCCCGCCUCAUCCCUCCGCGGUGCUCCGCGCAAAGCCUUCCCCCCGGCAACCGCGUCCGCUUCCACUUCCCUUCCCCCCGCCUCGCGUUCCCCCUCGCUCCGCCUCCUCUCGGCGUCGCCCUGACCCGCCGUGGAAGAUGGCGCUGAGCUGCCAGGUUUCAGAAAGGAAGAAGAUGCACAGUAAUGCUGUUCUCUUGGAAUCUAAAUCCUCGCCCCUCAACCUUCUAAAUGAAAUGCAGCAGCUGCGUCUCCUAGGACACCUUUGUGAUGUGACUGUCAGCGUGGAAUAUCAAGGGGUCAAGGCAGACUUUGUUGCUCAUAAAGCUGUCCUGGCAGCAACUAGCAAGUUUUUUAAAGAGGUGUUUCUCAAUGAAAAGUGCAUGGAUGGACUAAGGACAAAUGUACUCUUGAACGAGGUCCAGGUAGCGGACUUUGCAUCUUUUCUUGAGUUUGUGUAUACUGCCAGGGUAGAGGUAGAAGAAGAUCGGGUUCAACGCAUGCUGGAAAUGGCCGAGAAGCUAAAGUGCUUGGAUUUGUCGGAAACCUGCUUUCAGCUGAAGAAGCAGAUGCUCGAAUCGGUGUUGUUGGAGUUGCAGAAUUUUUCCGAGUCGCAGGAUGCGGCAGAGGACAGCGGUUCCCAGCCAGGCAACUUGCUUGAGCCGAGGGCGGUCGCUGAGACGCCGGGCGACAACACAGACCAUGUUGCAAAUUCUCCCCUCGGCAGACCCAGGGAUGACGAGGGCCUCGAGGCUCCCGCUGCUAAAUUAAAGGAGAAGCUAGAUAAGAAGAAAGAAGCCCUGAAGACGUCCUGCGCCAAGAUCAGGAGGGCCAGCGGAAGACUUGCUGGAAGGAAGGUGUUUGUGGAGAUCCCCAAGAAAAAGUACACGAGGCGCUUGCGAGAGCAGCAAAAGUACGCGGAGGCCGUUGCUGAGGAGAGUAGGCUCUGCAAAGACCACAGCAUCCAUAAGGAAGGGGAGAAGAAAGAAGAAGAAGAGGAGGAGAAAGAACAAGUGGUUAGCGUUGUGAAAUCUGAAAGCAAAGGGUGCGAUGGUACCGACGACCUGGAGGAAAAUGUGACUAAAUUGGAGGACGAUAAAAAGAACCGCGGCGGCAACUUCACCUGCAGCACCUGCGAGAGAGAGUUCCUGUAUGAGAAGAGCUUUCUGAAGCACAUCAGGCACAGCCACGGGAUCGCAGCCGAAGUUAUUUACCGUUGCGAAACCUGCAGCCAGACUUUUGCCAACCGGUGCAACCUCAAAAGCCACGAGCGCCACGUCCACAGCAGCGAGCGCCACUUCCCUUGCGAGCUCUGUGGUAAGAAGUUCAAGAGGAAGAAGGACGUCAAGAGGCACAUUCUGCAGGUUCAUGAGGGUGGUGGGGAGCGACAUCACUGCCUACAAUGUGGAAAGGGUUUGAGCUCCAAAACGGCCUUGAGGCUUCAUGAAAGGACACAUACAGGCGACAAGCCUUAUGGGUGCACAGAGUGUGAGGCUAAGUUUUCUCAGCCUUCGGCACUUAAAACACACAUGAGAAUCCAUACUGGUGAAAAGCCUUUCGUUUGUAGCGAUUGUGGAGCAAAAUUCACGCAGAAUCACAUGCUUAUCUAUCAUAAAAGAUGCCACACAGGGGAACGGCCUUUCAUGUGUGAAACGUGUGGGAAGAGCUUUGCCUCUAAGGAGUAUCUGAAACACCACAACCGAAUCCACACGGGGUCCAAGCCAUUUAAAUGCGAAGUUUGCUUCCGAACGUUUGCACAGAGGAAUUCAUUGUAUCAGCACAUAAAAGUUCAUACAGGUGAGCGUCCCUACUGUUGUGAUCAGUGCGGCAAACAGUUCACCCAGCUCAAUGCCCUCCAACGCCAUCAUCGGAUUCACACAGGGGAGAAACCGUUCAUGUGCAACGCUUGUGGUCGGACAUUUACUGACAAAUCUACUCUUCGGCGGCACACCUCUAUUCAUGAUAAAAACACACCUUGGAAGUCUUUCCUUGUAGUUGUUGAAGGAGCUUCUAAGAAUGAUGAGGAUCAUAAAACAGAGGCAGACUAUAACGUGACUCGUUCCAAAAUAUCCGAGAAGCUGCUGUCGUUCUCUGAAAAUGGGCACUAUCAGAGUCUGACGGCUAUCCAAGGAAAUAUGACGGCGCUGCAUGAAAAUGGCUCAUCCACAGUAACAGACUGCAAAUCAAAGGGCGCUUCGGGGUCUCCAGAAACCGCCGUAGCUACAACUUUGCAUGAUCUCACAGUGUUGCACACCCAAACCGACUCAUUUCAGCCUCCACUUUACACCUUGGUGACUAUAGAAUAGCACUUGCUACAAAGAAGAAAACUCUAGCUGGGGAUAAUCUCUGAAAUACUGUAGUACACAGUAUCCAUUAUCCAUGUAAAGAAGAAGAAAGGGUUACUACAUGGAUGAUCUUAAUAUCCUGGAUUCUCAAAACCAUUACUUUUUGAGUUGUCUUUCAACUGAAGGAUUAUCUCCCAUCCCGUUUGUUAAAGAGAAAAUUAUUCUCCCUUUUGUAUGCUGUCUCUGUAAUUUUGAAGUAGAUUUCAGAUUACAGAGUCAGUGGGAAAAAGGGAAGGUUCACCGCUGUUUUAAUCCAGAUUUUUCCUUUCCUUCAGCAGAAUGGUUUACUUGGAGAGAUUGUUUUCCCUCUGAAAGGAGACUCGUUCUGUGCUGGUGGUGUUUAAAAUCUCUUAAUCGACGCUGAUUUUACAUUGUAUGGAAACUAACGUGAGAUCAUAUAGCGCAAUCUCUGUGGGCCCAAUAUGAAAUGCAGUUUUAAUAAAUUGCUGCUGCUGCUGUUGUUUUUAAACAUUGGGGCAUGCCUGACCCUGCUCUUUCAAGCUCUUGAAUAAGUUAAUUUGGUAAAUGUUUGGAAAACCCGGUUUGUAAAAGUGCUGGAGCUCCACUGCAGUUCAUAUGCUAAAUCCGUACUUUUAUCAGAUAGAUUGUUCUACACAACUUGGUAGUGGAUUUCAGAGUGGCGUUACUGGAUUUUGUUCAGAAUUUGUGGAGGGAUUUCACAAGCUUUUUAAAAAAAUACUCUAUGGUCCAAACUUCCUCCUAAGUACCUGGCACUCGGUGAACCUUUUCUCUGUACUCCUUCCUGUCUCCUCAGUCCCACCUACAAACUCGCUGUCUUUUAAUGGUCUCAACAGUCCGUUCUGUCACAUGCGCGCGUACCCAAGCCACAUGCGCAUCUUCAGCUUCUGUUACAAAAAUACCAUUUCCAUACAUUCCCUGUACAGAUAGGACCUUCACUAAAUUGCUCUUCAUUGCCCAGAGGACCUUAGUAUUCUUCCCAGCCUCUUGUGAUCCCAGUGCCCCACAUAUGGGAGUUGUGUGCUGGCCACGAGACAAGAAGUUCUGUCACGUUAUAAAUUUAAUUGGCAGCAUACUUCUAAAACAAAUUGCUCCAAAGUAAUGAAUGCAGGACUGCAGGCCAUCUGUUGUGGCUCCCCACUCCUCUUCCCCUUUGUGCUACAGCUGGUAAAAUCUUCUUUGUUCAGGUUUCUGGCAACGGUUUCAUUAUCUGGGUGAGUACACUUCUUGCUUUUGUACUCGCUAGAAUGUUUGUCCCAAAGGCUACAGAAUGUACUGGGAAAUUAAAAUUAUAACCUGAAUUGGCAUUCAGGGGAAUGGCUAGCAGUCAUUUAAAAGCUCAUUGAGAUUUCCAAGCUCAGCUUCUAAAGGUUUUGCAAAAUGUGUUUUGCAUGAAAAGAGAGUUAGCGGACAUACCGUAGUUGGAAGUUGAAGCGAAGCAACUGCCAAAAUUUUAAGAAAUGCGUGUUUCUUUUUAAAUGUUGAUUUCCUUGUCAUAGGGCUGAAGGAGGAGAAUACUUAAUUUGUUUUUGCUAAAAACGCAUCAAUACUGUGCCUUCCUGCUUUUAAAUUCAGGAAAAAUGAAGUGCCAAAUGCAAAACUUAUUUACGUUCCGACAUUCCACUGGAUUCCAGCAGAACUUGCUAGUGCAACUAUUAGGAGUAAUUGUAAUUUAUGAAUAUGUCACCCAGCUCACUAAAGCACUGGCUAAUGGGAUCUGUUUUUCAACCCCUCUUUCUGUCCUGAGAUAAAAUCAAGUUCAGUGUGUUUUAGCUUAGACAGUGUUAUAACCGGACAUGGUUUUAUAAAACACAACUGAGAAUGUUAACUACUUCUUUCAAACGGCUGUGAUUUCACUCUCUUUAACUUUAUAAGAUUCAUUUUGAUGCAUUUUUCCUUUUCAAGAAGUGAUUGCAAUGGUUAAUUAAGCGUGCACAUUCCCUGCUCUGGCUUAAUUGCAGGAUCGGCCCUGCACCCAUUCACAAUACUAGCAUAUGACUGAGUGUGCGCAUAGUACUGUUAUUUCCAAAGGAAGAGACAUGUUUCAGAAAAGUAAUCCAAGUAUGUAACAGCAAAUUAUUUUCUCAAGGUAAUGAUGGACUCAGUUUAUCAGUGUAAAGUGCUUUGGGUCACAUCUGAUCCUUUUCAUCUUGCUGUAUGUUUUGGCAAAGUAUACUCUGGAUUCACGCUUGGACUUUUCUAAAGCUCCCCCCCCCCCUUCAUUCAAAAAAUGAAUGAUGUUUGUUCAAAAUCACUCAGAGGAGGAAAACAAUCUUGGCUAACUUUGGUACAAGUAUCACAAACAGAUAACUUAGGAUCCUGCUUUCAUAUUUUACUUGUUGAAAGGCAAUGCAAUAAAAGAUCAGUCCAACUAUGUAUCAGUUUUGUUUUGUUUGUGAAACCCCUUAGUAGGAGUUUGUUACCAUUUACUCCUUGUUUAUUUUAAUUCAUUAAAAGGGGUCUUUUUUUAGAAAGACUGGAAGAGCUUCUAUUUAAAUAUUUAUUUUGUAAUCCAUGUGGCUCCAUUUUGACAUUAGAAUUUUAACGACCAAUUACAAAGAAUUUGUAGUAAAUAUUUAAAUCCUUAUGUUAGUAAAUAUAGGUAGGGAUUUUUAUUUUUACUCUACGGAGAUGUGAAAGUGGGUUCACUUGUAUGAACUGGUAAACCCCAUUAAAAGAUUUUUUUU